AUGAGCCUAUCGCGGGCGGGGGCGGGGCCAGGCGGGCGGCACGUGACCGGGUCGCACGUGUUCCGGUUCCGGGUCUGGCGCGCCAUGCGCGGCCCGGCUGCGAAAGUGGGGAAAGCACCCACAAUGAAGGCGGCCAGGAAAGUGCCUAAAGUGCCCAAAGCGGGCAAAACGGCGAAACCCAAGCGGACGGCGAAGCGGCUCCUGGCCGUGGGGAGUCAGGCGGCGGCGGGCUCUGAGGCGGCGCGGCGCGCCCGCCACCUGAAGGCGCUGGGCCGCGCGUCGGGCGCCGAGCGGGAGCUGGAGGAGCUGGUGUUCGGAGACAGCCUCACCGCCGGGGAGGACGAGCUGCUGCGGCGCCUGGCCGCGCCUCCACGGGUUUCUGCUGCAGAGGGGAAGGGCCUCCAUGAAGAGUCCAGCGAUUCUGGGGUGGAAAAUGAAGCGAAACGUGACUUGCUGCUCAAAAAGCCGGCCUGGGUGGAUGAGGAUGAUGAAGCUGAGGAGAAUGUUGAUAUGACCCAUAAGUACAGGAAAGAUUUCAUGAAAAGUGAUGCCGAGACAACGCUUACUAAGAAAAAACUGAAGAAAAGGCUUGAGGAGCAGUUUCAGGAAGCCAUGGGAGGAGUUCCUGCCUGGGCUGAUUUGGAAAACAGGAAGAAAUCCAAAAGGACUUUGAGUGAUAGUGACAGUGAUGAAGAUGAUGAUCUGCUGCGCAGGACUGGCAAUUUCAUAACGAGCUCAGAGUCUCUGCCAAGAGGCAUUUUGAAGGUGAGCACCUGCCUUCCUGCAAACCAGGAACGUUUUGCCAAUGGAAAGCUGGUGACAGUGCAGUUUCAUCCUUCAGCUCAAGUGGUGAUGACAGCUGGGCACGAUCGCUCCGUGUCCCUCUUCCAGGUGGACGGUAUAAGGAACCCAAAAAUACAGAGCAUCUAUUUAGAGAGUUUUCCAAUUUAUAAGGCUCAUUUCAGUGUGGAUGGAGAACAAGUUAUAGCCACUGGUACUCACCACAGCAUGUUCUUUGUGUAUGACAUGAUGGCUGGGAGUAUCAUCCCUAUCCCAAAAGUACGAGGUGUGGAGGAAAAAUUCCUCAGAAACUUCGAACUCUCUCCAGAUGGAUCAUUUAUGCUGCUAAUUGGAACUUCAGGUUACCUUCACUUGCUGUCCAUGAAGACAAAAGAACUGAUCAGCACUAUGAAGGUGAAUGGAAGGUGCACUGCCUCUGCUUUCACCCCAGACAGCAGUAAAAUAUACAGCUACUCAAAGGAAGGUGAAGUUUUCAUUUGGGACGUGAGAAGCAGAAAGAGUCUACACAAAUUUGAAGAUGAAGGUUCUUUGGAAGGAAAGUGCAUUGCUGUUUCAAAAAAUAACCAGUAUGUGGCAUGUGGUUCAUCUUCUGGAGUUGUAAAUUUAUACACUACUGAUGCCUGCCUCAAAGAAAAACAUCCUAAACCAGUUAAGGCCAUCAUGAACCUUGUUACUUCUGCCACCUGUGUGACCUUUAAUCCCACCACAGAGAUUUUGGCAGUGGCUUCCCGGGACACUGAUGAGGCUGUCAGAUUGGUGCACCUUCCUUCAUACACUGUAUUCUCCAACUUCCCAGUCUUCAGAAAAAAACAGAUUUAUCUUACUCAAUCUAUGGACUUCUCUCCCAGAAGUGGAUAUUUCUCUGUAGCAAAUAACAAAGGCAAAGCUUUGUUAUUUAGGCUGAAACAUUAUUCCUUCUUCUGAAAGAAGAUACAGGAGAAAAUGAACCAGUAACUGAGGUAACCUGCAGAUAAAACAACUCUGACAAAAUAAAAAUGUUUUUUUUUUCCAAUUAUUAUUAUUUUUUUAUUUUAUAUGGAAGCUACAAAAUAAUGGAAUAUAUGUAUUUUUAAAUUUGUUUGUUUUAAAUAAAUGUACCUGGUAAGUUUCCAGGCAA